UCAGUCAGAUGUCGUUCAGCGAUAUAUCAGUAACGUUACACAUGGGCGAGCAUUAACACGUGUUUAUUUCAUAGCAACUUAAUGUUUUGCUUUUAUUACUAGAACCAAUGAAUAUUCAAUAGACAGUUUGUUUCUUAUAGCUUUUACGUUUACUUCUUUAGCCACCACGGGAACUUAAUUUAGCGACUUGAUUUUUGCCGAAGGUAUACUUAAAAGGCAAACGGUAAAACAAAUUCAGAAUGGAACCUAAACCAAGGAAGAAAUCUUUCACUCCCAGAGAUGUAAAGAAGACGACCUUUAAACCUAAAGGUAAACCUGGAGGUAAACCAUCUGGGAAACAGCCAUUUAAACCUUCUAACUCAGAGAGAGGACAGAGUUUAAGAAAACCAAGGGUGGUUGGAGGGCCACAGAAAUUUAACAAAAAAAAACCAGGCAGCAAGUUUACAAGAAAGAGAAAAGAACCUGAUGGUAACAGCAAACAUGAAGGCCCAGAGGGGAAGAAGCCCAAAUGGGAUGAAUUUAAACUGAAAAAAAAAGAGUUGAAACAGAAUCGCCAACAGAAUGAUAAAAAGGACAGUUAUGAUAUUGUAAACAGAGCUAAACAAGUGUGGGAAAUAGUGAGACGGAAGGACUGUGAUAAGGAAAAAAGGAGCAAGCUGAUGAAAGAGCUACAGAAUCUCGUUAGAGGCAAAAUUCAAACGAUUGCAUUUGCUCAUGAUUCCACACGAGUGCUGCAGUGCUUUAUUCAAUUUGGCAGUGACAAGCAGAGGGACGAGGUCUUCGAUGAACUCAAAGAUCACUUCGUGGAGUUGAGUAAAUCAAAAUAUGCCAGAAACAUUGUGAAGAAGUUUCUGAUGUAUGGAAAUAAACAGCAGGUGGGUCAUGUGAUGUUGGCUUUUAAGGGAAAAGUCAGACAGAUGCUCAGGCACUCGGAAGCAUCGUCAGUGGUGGAGUAUGCUUACAAUCAAAAAGCCAUCCUCUCACAGAGACGUAUGCUUACUGAGGAGCUCUAUGGCAACACCUUCCAAAUCUGCAAGUCCACAGUUUGUCCUACACUAGAGACAGUUUUGGAAAAUAAUCCAGAGAAGCUAGAGAGCAUUAUGGAGGAAAUGAAGCAGAUCCUCACACCACUGGCACAGAAGGAGGCUGUAAUUAAACAUUCACUGGUUCACAAAGUUUUUCUGGACUUCUUCGAGCAUGCCCCAGCCAAACAGAGAACAGAGAUGAUAGAGUCUAUCAGAGAGGCAGUUGUGUAUAUGGCACACACACAUGAUGGAGCCAGAGUAACCAUGCACUGCUUAUGGCAUGGCACACCCAAAGACCGAAAAGUUAUAAUAAAAACAAUGAAAACAUACAUUGCAAAGUUUGCAAUGGGAGAAUAUGCUCACCUAAUUCUUCUAGCAGCCUUUGAUUGCAUUGAUGACACCAAGCUGGUUAAACAGAUUAUCAUCUCUGAAAUGCUAAGUACCUUGUCUGAAAUAAUCAGCAAUAAACAUGGUAAAAAAGUGCUGCUUUACCUGCUAAGCCCAAGAGACCCUGCACACCUUCUACCUGAGCUAAUUCAGCUGCUCCAAAAAGGUGACGGUAAUGCGCAUAGUAAAAAGGAUGUGGCAAUCAGGAGGAGGGAGCUGUUGGAAACCAUUUCUUCUCCUUUGCUGAAGUAUCUGUCCAAGAACACACAGUCUAUGGUCAUGGAUAAAGCAAGUAGCGUGGCUGUCAGUGACAUCUUGGGGUCCGCAGUUGGUAACCUCAGGCCUGCAAUGGAGGCCGUGGCAGCCCUGGCAGCUGAGCCCUUUGUUCCAGAUGGAGUAAAUGGCCAGCUGCAUAUGGCAGAACACCCUGCCGGUCAUCUGGUGCUGAAAUGGUUAAUAGAACAAGAUGCCAAGAUGAAGGAGACAGAAAGAGAAGAGCGUUUUUCCAGAAUUCUUUUGGAGAAGGUGGGGUUAGAGAACCUAAAAACAUGGGCUUCAGUCAACCGUGGUACAAUAGUUCUUUGUUGCCUCCUUCAAAGUGCAGAUGAAAGUGUUGCUGAAGAAGUGAAAGUUGCGCUGAAAUCCACCCUUCCUGAACUACAGAAGAUGCAGAACUCUAAAGGAGUCAAGAUCCUGCUCGAGAAACUGGCCUGAAGUGUUCAUUAAGUUAACCAAAAGUUUUGAUUUUAUACGUCUCUGCAGUUUUCACCUGAAUUUGUCAUUGUAAAUGUAUACACUGAUGUAUGUAAAUACAAAAUAAACAGGAAUACAUGGGUCAA